GCAGUUUCUCCUAGCGUGCGGUGCUUCCUCGCCGCUGCUGUGCCCUGUGUGAUCGACACCCAAGCUGUCCCGCGACGGACUGCGGAACUCGACCAGCAGUUCCCCUCCCCCAUUCUUCCCCCCUUCAACACACAACACUCUUCACCAACCUCGCCGUCCGCACUUCGCAGUGUUAUCACCCAAGCUUUAUUCCGCCAUACAAGCAGCAUAACCCCCUCGCGAAUAGCGCGCUUCCAACAAUAGCGAGCGGUUACUGUUCCGACGUCCUUCCAAAGCAUUUCCGCGCCCGAGGACUAUAUUAAUUAAACACCUAAUCCUGGAGGCCGACCAAACACCGCGCCAAACCCAGCGACAGCGUCCUCCCUAUUUGGGGACAGGCAUGUUCCCGCGCAUGUCCGCUGCGACGCCCGCGACUUGACUUAAGCCACGUCGAGAGAGUCCGACGCUGCGCGUCAAGCUGGCAAUAGCAGCCACUCCCGGGCAUGGGGGCCGUCAACAGUAUACCGCAGGAGAACUCCCUGUUCCUCCGCGACCAGAAUAGGUUCUCCAUUGCGGCACUCAGCAUCACGAAUAACCGCAAUCGCACGCUCCUCAACAUUACGCCCAAUUCUUUCCCCGCCACGAGAUACACCGCAAAGCGGGAGCUGGGAGACGAUAGCGUGAUAGAAUACGUCCAGGACCCCGAAUCACCAUCCUCCAGUGGACCGCCAUCCUUCCUCAUUCGCCUAGGCAACGAAGACGAGUUGAACUUCACCUUCAGAUUCAUACUUCGACAAGCCCAGGCGCCGCCCAGCAUAUACAACGUCAACAGCGCUUCUACUAUCACUCCGAACGCUCUUGUCGAUACGGUUAUCAAUGGGUUGACGUUUAUAUUUGCGUCGAGCUCAAAAGAGCUGGAGAAUCUGGUGACUAGGGAGUUCCAUGCGAAUCCGAAUCUUCAUAAAGACCCGCACGUUGAGUUGGUGGGCGAUUACUCAACAGGCGGAACACCCUCCGUGCAGUUCCAGUGGACCUGGAAAUGGAAGCCCCCGAGGACCAACGAGGACCGCGGAGGAGGCUGGCGCACAAGCUGCAGCUUCGUGGAAUACGAUCAACGCGCACACAAGCUGGAAACUCUGGCAAGCUUUGCUAUCUGGGUUCAUAGUAUGCAGAGCCCCUCACCUACAAGACGCGGCACUGACGAUAUAGAUACUUCACGGCUCGUUCAGAGCCCGAAGUCGCCUUCCCCGCGGUUAGAGCUCGGCGUCCCUCCUCGGCUUCGCGUACCCUCCGCUCAGUCCAUUGAGUCACGCGUGAGCGACUCCGAUGAAUACAAGGACGCUUUCGAGGCAGCGCCUCCAAAGUCACCGACCUUCGAUUCAAUCCCGGAAUAUGGUCUGGGACUGGUUCCGAGCCAAGCGACGACUGUCACUAACAAUACGGUCAAAGUUGAUGUCAGCUGCUCAAGGCCUGGUGAAGAUCUAAGCCAAACAGAAGAUGGUCCGUUAUUCCGAGCUACCAUGAAGUCGCUGGAGCAGAAGACCGGCAACAUGCGCGCAAAGUGGAAGAAGGUCCUCAAGCGGGCCGAGUCAGCGCUGGAAGCCCAGGUGCAAUGCAACAACGCAAUGUCUGAUCUAAUGGAAGCUCUGCGAGAGACAUCCACGUCCAACGCAAACGCGGUGCAGCCAGCCAUCGAUCAUUAUUUCGACAGGAUCGCGAAAGAGAUUCUGGUCUACGAGCGAUCAAAUAGCGCGAAUAUCCAGAAGCUUAUCAUUGACCCCAUUCAUAAGCUAUACAACAUCGAUAUCAAGCAGGCAGAGACGAAACGAAAGGACUUCGAGGAAGAAAGCAAAGAAUACUAUCAAUAUCUCAGCCGAUACCUUGGGCAACGGCAGGAUUCCCUGAAGGAGAAGAAGCGCGCCGAAACCGACUCAAAGUAUCAGGCGAAGCGUCGUAAUUUCGAGCUCAAGCGGUUCGAUUAUUCCUCUUUCAUGCAGGACCUCCAUGGAGGCCGAAAGGACCAAGAGGUACUAUCACAUCUUACUCGAUACGCGGACGCGCAAGCCAAGAAUUAUCUCGAGACAGCUAAGAAGAUCGAGACGAUGAUACCGCAGCUUGAGGCUCUGAGUUUCGAGGUCAAGGAGGCGGACAAGGAGUUUCAGCUGCAGCGGACGGAGAGGGAAGAGAAGAGGCGCGCUCUCGAGAAGAGCAAAAAGCCGUUCGACGAGCCACCGCCAUCGCAGGUACCGCCAACAACCCCCGCUAACGGCAGCGCAUCUCGUGUGGCUCCUGCUUCGGAGCCAGAAUUUCCAGGUCGCAAGCCUAGCAUCGCUCCCGUCUUCCAGAGCACUGUAAGCCCUCCACCAGCCGCGACGUCCAUGUCGAGUAUCCCGUCGAUAGCGUCCCCACAGAGCCCCGAGGCUACUCAGGCAAGCUUAACGGCUGCUGGUAGUCCGCAACCGAAUAAGUUUAGAGGUAUUCGAGAUCUCGAGGACAAGGACUAUAGUAUGGGUGCUGGGCUUGAGCCAGGCUCAGGAACGCACCGCAAAGAAGGUCUCUUGUGGGCACUCAGCAGACCAGGGAGCCAUGUCGACCCCAAGGGUCUCAACAAGCAAGCUUGGCAUAAGUUCUGGAUCGUCCUAGACCAGGGCAGGCUCUCUGAGUACACAAACUGGAAGCAGAGCCUUGAGCUCCACAUGGACCCUAUUGACCUUCGCAUGGCAUCCGUUCGAGAAGCUCGUAAUCAGGAGCGUCGCUUCUGUUUCGAAGUUAUUACGCCUCAAUUCACCCGAGUCUACCAGGCGACAAACGAAGAUGACAUGAAGUCCUGGAUCGCAGCUGUGAACAAUGCCCUUCAGACCGCCGUGGAGACAGCCGGCAAGCGCGAGCGCCCGUCCACGGACUCGCUCCCGGGGCAGACUCGCAGGGAUAUCGCGUCUGUACUUACAGGAAAGAGCCCUUCGUUAUCGAGUCACCGGAACAACUACAAGUCGCAGACUCCUGCUCGGCAUGCCACCGUAGGCGAUCGCCCAGGCUACCGGAGAGAGGACAGCGCAGGUGACGACGGAAAGCUACUUCAGCAAGUUCGCGAUGCCGAUGCCGCCAACAGAUUUUGUGCAGAUUGCGGGUCUGAGAGCAAGGUUGAUUGGGUAUCCAUCAACCUUGGGAUUAUCAUCUGUAUCGAAUGUAGUGGCAUUCACAGGUCGCUGGGCACUCAUAUCAGCAAGGUGCGCUCGUUGACGCUGGAUACGAACUCGUUCACGCCGGAUAUCGUUGAGAUUCUCUUGAAGAUCGGCAAUCGAGUGAGCAACAUCAUCUGGGAAGCCAAGCUGGACAUGUCGUUGAAGCCGGGUCCAACAUCCACCCGGGAGCAGAGACUGCACUUCAUCACAUCCAAGUACGCAGACCGCGCCUUUGUUGCGCCUAUUUCGCCUACGCUGUCCCAUUAUGCGACUCCUGAGGAGACGUUGCUUGCCUCAAUCAAGAAAAACGAUAUUCAAAACGUUCUGUACGCCCUGGCUCUGAAAGCAGAUCCGAACGCGAAGGAUCGGUCGCGAGGCACCCAUUCAGUGUUCCUAGCGCUGGCAGCAGCAGACCCCGCCUCACCGUCAGCCACUGCGUCGCCUGCGAGCUCACCGGUUCCUGGUGCUCGGCCGACAAGUGCUCAUGCUAGCCGGAAAUCGUUUGCUGUCGCUGAGCUACUUCUCCAAAAUGGCGCCGAGCUCCCGACACAACCAGCACCCAUUCCUCUCACCUCGUCAGCACGGCUGUACCUGGAACACAAGGCCGAUCAGCGAACCGGAAGACGGCCAGCGCCUAUGGUGGGGAAUCAGCCAAACGCUAGCGGCGACACUCUCACUGCCCUUCCUCACAUCGUAGCUGGCAACGGAAGCACCCCUGCUGAGCGAGCCCGAGAGAGGGAGGCGAGAUUGCAGAAACGCGUCAGCGCCAGCGGAAGGUUGGUCAAGAACCAUUCCGAUAACGCUGAAGUUCAUAUUUUCCUUGGGCGACUUGUGGUAUCAACCUUUGGACAUCGGAAGGCUAGCAGCGGCUAG